AUGAAAAAAAAGGAGAGUCCGUUCUUUGGCUUAGAUAAUCCUGUCUAUAGUUAAAACAUCUCGUCUCCUCGAUUUGAGGAACUAUUACCAAUUUACUCUAAUGAUAAUGCAAUUGAUUAACCAUUAGAGGAAGCAUUAAAAGAUAAGAGAAAUAUUUUUGAGAGAAAUAAUUUUGGGGCUAUGAAAGAUGGGCAUAAGGAAGAAAGUUCUGAAGAUGAUCUUUAUUUGAGUAGCGUCAGGUAAAUUAUUGAUUGGAUCAUAUAAGUGAUAACAGAUAUGAUUAAGAAUCUGCAAGAUCAAGAACGAAUUCCUUAAUUCGACAAUAGAGAAGUCUUAGUAUUUAGAAAAAUCAAUAGAUAAAUUAAAACUCAUUGAAAAAAGUGAAUACUGGUUUAAUAAUUGAUUCCACAUUCAAUUUAUAAGUUUAAGGAGUAAAGUCAAGCUCCAAAAUUGAUAAAUACUAAAGUUUUGUAUAAUAAUUUGAAUUGGAAGAAGACAAAAUAAGAAAAAAUAAGGAAUUAAUACAGCAAAAGAGUAAUCAAACUAAUGAGCUAUCAUCUAAAAGAAAUAGUGGAAUAAAUAAAGGCAAAAUUGGGUAAAUAUUAAUCUGAUUUAAAGAUUAAAUGGUAUAUGGGCAGUGAAAGGAUUUAUUAUAAUACGACUAGUAUCAAGAUUUAUCCAAUAACUAAAGACAAAAACUGAAACAAUAAAGUUUAGACUAUUAACAAGGAAAAUAUUUUCUGUUAUUGGAGAUGUGUCUAGUAAUUUUGAAUUUAUCUUAAUUUCUCGUUAAAUUAAGUAAUAACCUAGUCUAGUAUUAAAAUAUAAUUUAUUAGUUUUUAAUUUUGAAAUAUAAUUUUCAGAAAAGAGCGACGAGACUACUACAUUACUUAGAAAAUUGUUAAGAUUUCUUAAGCAGAAAUAUAAUAGUAAUAAGACCAGAUAGUAAAUUUAAAAUUAUUUGGGAUAUAUUAUUAUUACUCUUUAUAGUGAUGAAUAUAUUUUACAUUCCCAUAAAUAUCAGUUUCAAUAUUUCUACUUAAGGUGUAUUUGAAUACUUAUUUGAUUUAUUACCAUCAUGGAUUUUUGUAGCUGAAAUAAUUAUUAAUUUUAAUACUGCCUAUUAUGAUAAGGGAUUGAUGCAUGAAGAUAGAAAGUCAAUUGUGAAACAUUAUUUAAAAGACAAUUUUUUUUGGGAUUUAAUUGUAGUAAUACCAUUUUUAAUGUCAAAUAUGAAUAUACCAUUCGUUAGAUAUACCUUAUUAUUUAGAUUAACAAGGUUAGCACCAUUGAUGGAAAGUAUUGAAGAAAUGUUGAAUUUGGAAGUAAUAAUUAAUAAAUAUGAUUAGGAAAAUAUACAAAUUGUUGUUGAUCUUUUAAAACUUAUCUUUUUUCUUGUUUUGACAGGUCACUUUUGUGGAUGUGCAUGGCAUUUUGUUGCUUUAACAGAAUAUGAAUCAUUUGGAAUAACAGACAAUUGGCUUACUCAUUAUGACAGAUAGGCUUUUGAUUAUCAUUGGUUUGACAGAUAUAUCAUAUCACUUUAUUGGAGUGUAAUCACAACAGUUACAGUUGGUUAUGGUGAUAUUGUACCUGUUACAACAUUUGAAAGGAUAUUUGUAAUUAUUGUAACGUUAUUGCUUUGUGGAGUAUUUGGUUAUUGUAUAUCAAAUAUUGGCAAUAUAUUUAAAUAGAUGUCUGAUAAAAAGACUACUUAUAAGUUUAAAUUACGUCAAAUUCAUUAACAUAUUAGAAAGAGAGGUCUUAAUCUAAAUCUGUCAUUAAAAGUAAUGGUUUCUUUAAUAUUUUAGGUCAAGAAGUAUUUUGAAUAUUUUUUCCAAUUAGAACAAGAAGAAGAUAGUCAUGCAGAAAUAUUUAUCAGUCAAUUAACUAAACAUUUAAGAGAAGAGGUGUUAACUGAUUUAUAUUGCAAUACCCUUAAAAAAUCAAGAUUCCUUAGAGAAAAUUUUAAAGAACUUACAAUCAAUAAUCUUUGUUAAUUCGUUAAAGAGAAGAAAGUGUUGCCAGAAGAAGUUUUGUAUUCUCGAUUCGAACAACCUACGAAAGUUUGGUUUGUAUUAUCAGGAGCCUUGGAAUUUGUUGCAGAUCAUAAAAGUAUAUGAAAUAUAUGAAUUUUAAUAGAUGAAAAUGAUUAUUAUGAAGCUACUGAAACUUUUCUCAAGAAGGUCAGUUCUGGGUAAUGUAUAUAAUCUAAUUUUAGAGCAGUAUUAGGAGAGAGAGAGUUCAUAACACAAUAGCCAUAUGAAUAUAAAGUAAGAGCUUUAAAAUUUACAUAAAUGGCAUAUAUUGAGUAUUUAUUUAUUAAAAGUUUUAAAAGUUAUGAGGAUUUUAUUAAUGUUAUUAGUGAGAAUGAUUCAGAAUAUGAAAUAUUUUGUAUGAAAAGAGAUAGAUUAUUAUUUAAUCCUUAGUAUAAAGGAUCUGGAAAUGUGUGUGAAAUUUGUGAAUGGACUCAUAAUUUCAUUUAGUAAUUAUCUUCAAUUAAUAUAAAUAGAUGUCCAUUUGUAUUCUUGUAACCAAAUAUAAAUAAAAUAUCCAGUAGUUUCACUGCUGUUAGAUUAAAUAAUAGAAUUAAGUUUCCAUAUAGACAUACAAUGAAAUCAAGAACUAGAGAGAGUUUAAAUGAUGUAUAAGAAGGAGCAUUAAAGAUAAUAGUAGGCAAUUUAACUGAAUAGUAAAUGAAUUAAAUUAUAAUAGAGAAUAUACAGAUGAUUAUUUAGUAUCUUUAGGAUUUUAAUUAACUUAAAAUUUGGAAAUAGAUUCUUAAAGUGGAGAUGAAGUAUCUAAAAAUUUAAAUGAUUCUCAAUCUCCUACAACUAGUGAAAAGUAAAAGGCAUUUUAAAAGAAAAGUGCAAAAACAAUGGCUGGAGGUAUUACUAUGGAUUUGAAAGAUAUAAAAGAAAGUCAUGAUUUGAAAAAAAGCAUUAUUAAUUUUUAAAGAAUUCAAUUUGGUAAGGAAAAAUAAAAAGUGUUAUAAUUACAUAAAAAGGAAUAAUAAGAAAAGGGAAUUGAAGUAUUAGAAUAAUCAUAAAUACUUGUACUUCCAAAUACAACAACAAAUAAUAAAUUCUAUUAAAAAUAACUUUAAAAUACUCCUCGUAGAUCAUCUAAUUUUGAAGAAUUAGGUAGUUUAAAAUAAUCUCAAAAAUUAGGAAAUGUUGCUAAUCCAUUAGAUUAAGACUAAAAUAAAUGUUUUAUGAAAUAACUUAGCAAAAAUAGUGAGGCAAGUGAAAUGUAAGAAUCUUUAAUAAGAAAAUAAAUAGAGAUUUAAGAAAGGAGAGUAUAAAUUGGAGGAGAAUAGAGAAGAAAGAAAAGAAAAACUACUAUUUAAUUAGGAUAGAAAGCUUAACGUAGAUCUUAUUAAAAUUAAUAAACUAAUUUAAGUCCAGGUUUAUAAUAAUAAUUAUAAAAAUAAUAAUUGGUUGUAACUUUGGAUCAGAAAUUAAAAAGAUAAAGUAUUGGAGAAUCUAAGAAAUAAAUGUAAACAAAUCAAAUAACAAGUGUUGGUUAAAUUGAAUUUACAGGUGAAUUAGUUGAAAAUACAUAAGGUGAUUCAUUGUAAUAGAAGAUUUUAGAUAUUGUUCAUUCUAAUGAAAAUUUUUAAGUUGAUUGUUGUAAACCUACUAUUAUGUAUUUUCCUGAGUUUAAUAUAGAGGCAAUUCUAAAGAAAAUCGAUUAUUAUUAUUUAUAUGUGAAAGGUGUUGAAAAGAAAAUGUAUAAGAGAAGCAAAUCUAAUAGAAAUUUAUUUGAAAGAAUUAAACCAUCAAAAAAUGCUACUAUUAAAAGUUUUUUAAAUAAUUCUAGAUCAUAAUAGGAUGUAUGA